AUAAUGGCAAAACAUCAUCCCGAUUUAAUUAUGUGUCGUAAAUAACCAGGUAUAGCAAUUGGUAGAUUAUGUGAGAAAUGUGAUGGUAAAUGUGUGAUAUGUGAUUCAUAUGUCAGACCUAGUGUUUUAGUAAAAAUUUGUGAUGAAUGCAAUUAUGGAAGUUUUUAAGGUAGAUGUGUUAUAUGUGGAGGUGUUGGAGUUAGUGGUAUUUAUAAUUUAUAAUAUUAGAUGCAUAUUAUUGUAGAGAAUGUGUUCAAUAAGAAAAGGAUAGAGAUGGAUGUCCUAAAAUUGUAAAUUUGGGAUCUGCUAAAACAGAUUUAUUUUAUGAAAGAAAGAAAUACGGAUUUAAAAAAAGAUGAUUAUUAAUU